AUGGUUGAUUACAUACUUCAUGAUAAACGAGCUUUAGAAAUAAGAAAGAUUUUUAAAGAAGAAGAAAAGUUGCCAAAAAUUCCAGAUGAAUUAUUUUUCAGUACAUUGGCAUACAAUCCACAACUUGAAGCUCCAGGAGCAUGUCUCACAUGUCACGUAUCGAAUGGAAAGGAUCCUCGUGCGACAUUUGUUGCGCGAUAUAAAAUUUGGUGGCCAGCUUAUUGUGCAUCGAGACGCAUUGUUCGUGGUAUUUGUAUUUUUGGAAUACAACAUUUACAUAACUUCACACAAAGAACUGAAUUCUUUGUAAACAAAUUCAAUCACGGAUUUCAUGAAUUUGCAUAUGACUGUUUGGAAUAUUGGAUUUUUAAAAAAAUGAAACAGGAACAUUUGUCAGGUGAAUUAGAUAAAAAAUUUAACACAACAUUUUACAGCAGACUAUUCUGUUCCAGUGAUCACAUUUAA